AUGAGCCCCAGUUGCCGUCUGACAGCGGUCAUUCUACUGGCCCAGCUUUGGUGCCUGCAGACGACCUGCCUGGAAAUCCAAUCGCUCGAUGGCACCAACAACAAUCUGGUGAACCCAUGGUGGGGGGCGACCAACUCAACUAUGCUCCGGCUCAUGAGCCCGGCCUUUGGAGGCACAAACGGUCAGCCUGCUGGAAGUGCCCGUCCGAACGCACGCAACGUUUCCAACCUCCUCCUGUCAGCGAACCAGCCCAACCAACUCGGUGGGUCGGCGACAGCGUGGCUGACCGCGUGGGGAACCCUCAUCACCCAAGAUAUUGCAUCGAUCGGCCAUCAAAGCAAUGCCUUCUUCAACAUCUCAGUGCCAGCAGGCGAUCUAUACUUUGACCGUUACUUUAGCGGUGCUCAGAACAUCCCAAUGGCCCGUGCCGUGGCUGGGGCGGCCGAUCCUCGCCAAGCCGGAGCUACAGCCCCCAUCAAUGUCUAUUCAUCCUUUAUCGAUGGCUCAUCGAUAUACGGUCAAAAUCCAGCCGAAUCGGAGUCAAUUCGUACCGGAACUGGAGGCCUGCUCAAAACCUUUCUCCACCCAGUCGCUGGCGAAAUUCCCUUGAUUGACACCUCAACGAACCUACUCCGAUUUGCCCAUGCUGCGUCCAAUAUCGCGCUCCACUCUGUCCUGGUGCAUGUGGCCGUGUGGCGCGAGCACAACCGCUUUGCCAAAACACUCAACCAGAGCUGGUCAGAUGAAGAUUUGUUCCAGUAUACCCGCCGCUAUGUCAUUGCUCUUAUCCAGCAAAUCACCUAUGCCCAAUAUCUUCCUCCGUUGUUGAGCGGGCCACUUCCCCUGUAUAGUGGCUACAACAGCUCCGUAAAUCCGGCAAUCGACGUUUUCUUCAUGGCCGUCACUUUUCGAUACGGGCACUCGGUCGUCGGAGACACGACUCUAAGCGUUGAAGAAUCUGGGCAAAUCGUCGGCAUGGUCGAGAUGAGAAAGACUUUCUUCAACUUGGAUUGGCUGCUAUCUUCAGGACCGGAGGGCUAUAUCCGAGGACUCAUGAACCAGCCCGAGGCAAAAUCAGGUGCUCAGUACACAGACGAUCUCCGCAACAGUCUGCCUCUCAACGGAAACCAGGGAUACGACUUGGCAGCGAUUGAUAUUCAGCGCGGCCGCGAACUCGGCAUUCCGGACUAUAAUACAGCGAGGCAGUUCUUCAAUCUCUCAAUGGCAUCAUCCUACACAGCCUUCAACAAUAGCAUUGCCCCGGCAGCGACAUUAGCUUCUUUGUUUCCAAACAUCAGCGACAUCGACGCAAUCGUCGGUGCCUUGCUGGAAAUCCCGUACAAGAACGGUGUUGUCGGUGCACUGGCGCGCGCAUCCAUUUUGGAUCAGUUCACGAGGCUGAGGGAUGGAGAUCGCUUCUUCUACCGAAACCCCGGUGUUCUCGACGCCUUUCAGAUGGCCCAAGUUCAAAACAUGAGUUUAGGCAAGCUCCUGCAGCUCAACUUCAAUCUAACCAGUGUUCCGUACAACCCCUGCGUAUACACCGCUCCUUCGACAUCAACGACAUCGGGUUCACUCAACUCCAUCAGUCUGUCGUCUCAGCUCACUCUAUCCUGGAGCAUAUCCGGUAGCCAAAUCACCUUCACUAUGGAAUAUACUGGCGCGGGCUGGUUUGCGUUUGGCCUCGGAGAAACCAUGCGCAACGCCGAUAUCUACUAUGCAUCGUACGAUAUUCACGGAAACAUCUCUGUGGUCGACGCCAUCUCUCGUGACUUUUUGAUGCCAACUCCGGCCACACAAGCACUUGGAUAUAGUCGUAUUUUCAACAUCAUCACAUUUGUCUCCAACGACUCUGCCUCGGUGACCUUCAGUCGAGCGCUUCAGUCGAACGACAGCUCUGAUGGAGGAACUAUCGCGGACGAAGACAUGUCGGUCAUUUUUGCGUAUUCAAACUCCCCAACAUUUUCCUACCAUGGCGUCAAUCGCGGAGCAACUGUUGUCAACUUUUUCAGCUCGCAGGCUUCUGGUCCAAGCCCCACCUCUCUACCCUCAUUUUUGCUGCUGGUGAUCCAUGCGAUUGUGAUGUUUCUGUCUUUUGCAGUAAUAUAUCCCAUCGGUGUCCUCAUCGUCAAGCACGAUCCCAACAUCAGUCGAGGGCUUCGACUCCACAAGGAGACGAUGGAAAUCAUUUCGGCAUUUGUUCUGCAUACCGCUCUGACGGCUAUCUUGAGCGCCACCUCAGCUGUCAUAAUGAACCCACACGUCAUCCUUGGCUUCAUCCUGACGGGACUCGUUAUUUUCGUCCAAGUCCUGGGUGCCACCAUUGUCUACACCAAGAAGAACCCCAAAGCGGUUCGGUGCUCAGGUUCGAUUCGCAUGGCCCACCGAGUGUCGGGGUCGACAACGUAUCUCUUGGGAGCAAUCAAUUGCAUCCUGGGCAUCCAGCAGUUUCUGUCGGUCAACAACAUCACAAACAUGAACUACUUGGCUUGGAUUGCUGGAGCAUGGCUGGUUCUGGUGACUCUCGUCAUCUCAGCUGGCCCCAUAAUAUUCAAGUUUGUCCAACCCACUGAGCGGCCACCCUCGUUCGACGCUGAAAAAUGGCUCACACUCCCAGAAUUUGCUUGGGAGGAGUUUCACAAGCGGAUCGCCAUGGGCGAAAAGUGGCUCGUUGUCGAGGGCAUCGUAUAUGACAUCAAAAUGAUCGAGUCCACCCACCCAGCCGGCAUCCAGGUGCUUUAUUGCUAUUUGGGAAUGGAUGCCACUGGCCCCUAUCACGGAAGAAAGGCAAGACCAGAGCUGCCCUCCCUGCCUGUGCACAGCCACUCGAAGCUGGCAAAGGUUGUUUUAUACGAAGCUGCAGUGGGCAGACUCAAGCGAGGUCGCGACUUUCAGAGUACAAAACUUCUUGAAUCAAAAGCCGUUGAUCUCGAGAAGCACUGCAGCCCGCCAGUGCCAGGCCUGUCCGCCUGCCAAUACGACUUUUACAUCAUUACCGAACGCGAGCUCGUCACAGGAUCUGGGGCCAGGAACCCCGUGUAUCGAAUCGUCGUCGCGCUGAGUUCCCCCGGCGAGCAGAUCUGGUUUCUGCCGUAUCAAUACGUCUGGCUUCAGUUUAUCAACGAAAAGGGAGAGGCAGUUACGAGAGCAUACACUCCGACCAAGUCACUUAAUACCGGACAGAUUGUGUUUUACAUCAAGUUUUAUCCGAACGGAAAGAUGGCAACCUAUCUUGAGAGCGCCAAGUUCGUUCGUAUGAGGGGUCCAAUCGACGACGCCCGGACCAAGCGGAUCAUGAACCCCGCAUCACCACAGGGCUGCUUCACCCAGCUCGCCCUCAUUGCGGGAGGAUCGGGCCUGACUCCGAUGCUGCUCUUGGUGGACUACUACUUGCAACACUCAUCACGACAAUCCGACGGAGGAUUCUCCGUCCCCGUAAAGCUGUUCAUCAUCAACUCAACCAGUGCAGACGAGUUCGGCAAGAUAGAGCUGGAGCAGAUUGAAAAGGACUCGCGCGGAGGAGUCAAGAUCGUUCGUUUCAACAGCUCCAGUGUCAACCCGCUCACAGGAGAGCCGAUUGAUGUCAUCGACUCGAUCAUACAGCAGCUUCCUCCUGCGCCAACGCUGGAGGAGCAGCGCUUGAUACGGAAGGUCGAGAAAGCGAAGCGGCCGAGCCCUUCCAAAGAAGUCAAGCGCUCCCACACAACUAUCGAGCACGACUACAGUGCUGUAACGUCGAUCAGUGGGCCCGAAAACCGAGAGGCUGGAAAGACCUCGGUGACCAAUCGCUCUGGGGCGACGGACGACGGGGGUCAAAGGACAUCCCAGAUCAUCAGCACAAGAAUCAUUGUCUGUGGACCGCCUGCCAUGAACGAAUCAAUCAACAGCAGGCUCGAUGAGGCAGGCUACAUAGAUGAAAUGAUCAUACUGAUCUAACCUCAAGCAGGGAGACGCUUUGCUUUCUCUUGCCACUGCUAUGGAUCUGGAUAUGCCCACCCAUCAUCGACAAUGGAUAUCAUCUUGCCAAAACAAGACAAGGAUUGCGCACUCAGGCGACCCGACCACCUGGCUCUCCUGCUGUGGUUGUGUUGGUAGUCGCUUCCCGAUCCGAAUCGAGUCGGCACGAAGUUCUCACCAUCGCUGGACUUCCGUUCAGACUUAGAGAUCGUAAAGGUUUCCCCCAAAUGUGUUCAAUUUGUGAAGAUAAUAGCACGGUCACCUGUUCGGUG